AUGAAGACAUUGAAUUCAACUAUAUUCAAUCAAAUCAAAUUUCAGGUCAAUCCAAACCAAUUUAAGAAAUUACCUUCGCUCAGAAGAAGUUUUCAUUCAAAUUUAAAUUUAUACAAUCAAAAUCAGAAUCAAGAUGAAAAGAAAAUUUUAAAACCACCUCAUUUAUUAACACUUGCAGAUUUAUCUAUCAAUGAAAUCCAAUCAUUAGUAUCAUAUGCAAUCAAUGCAAAAAAAAUCGUCAAAGAUCAUUCAAUUUCUCACUCCAAUGAUUUAUCAAACUUACAUACAAAUUCUGAUCCAAAUGAGAUUAAAGCCAUCAAAAAUAAAUUAUUAAAUAACAAAACGAUUGGAUUAAUGUUCAGUAAACGAUCUACUAGAACUAGAAUCGCAAGUGAAAGUUCAAUCAAUUUAUUAGGUGGCCAUGCAUUAUUCUUAGGGCCUAAUGAAAUUCAAUUGGGUGUGAAUGAAAGUUUAUUUGAUACUGCUAAAGUUGUUUCUAGUAUGAUUGAUGGAAUUAUGGCUAGAGUUGGUGAUCAUUCUGAAAUUGAGCUAUUAGCUGAAAAUUCUACUGUACCUGUUAUCAAUGCAUUAUCAUCACUAUACCAUCCAACUCAAAUCUUAGCAAGUUUAGUAACCCUCCUCGAAACAUUCUUUCCACAUUCAAGGAACUUGUCUUCAUUAAAUGGAUUGAAUAUCGCAUGGAUCGGAGAUUCAAAUAAUGUAUUGAAUGAUAUGAUUGUUAGUUAUCCUAGAUUAGGUAUCAAUUUGAAUAUUGCUACUCCCAAGGGUUAUGAAUUAGAGCCUAGGGUCUUGGAAAGGAUGAAGCUUGGUUUGGUUGAAGACUCAGACGUUCAUAGAGGGGGCAAAUUGCUUCAUUUCCAUGAUCCGCUGGAAGCUAUAAAAGAUGCUGAUGUGAUUGUAACAGAUACAUGGAUUUCAAUGGGACAAGAAGAUGAGAUGAAACGUAGAUUAAAAGAUUUUGAAGGAUAUCAAAUCACAGAAGAAUUAUGUAAGAUGGGUAAUGCUAAAAACAAUUGGAAAUUUAUGCAUUGUUUACCUAGACAUCAAGAUGAAGUUGAUGAUCAGGUCUUUUAUGGACCUAGAUCUUUGGUUUUCCAAGAAGCAGAAAAUCGAAAAUGGACAAUCUUGAGCGUUUUUGAAGCUUAUUUUGGUAGAUGGAUGAAAUAA